AUGGGUACCUCUACGCACACGCACAACCCCCCUUCCCGGCCGCACAAACGCAUAAACGCUCGCACCACGGAAGGAAAACGCACGCGCCCGUUGAAGCAGUAUGUGGCGUUGUAA